CGAGAAGCAUCUGUCGAUUUGAAACACAAGAACCGCCUUCACAUUUCCAUCCCGAAAGUUCUCGAAGAUGCCCCAGUCAAGUAUAUAAAUCCGAAUACUCCCCCCUUUUCACAAAUUGAACUCAGAAAAGAAAUCAAGGUAAUCGAAUUCCUCUUAAGAGACAUUCCAGUAAUUCAAAAUCAAAACUACAAUAUGUCGAUCGUCCCAAGCUUAUUCAGUGGCCGACGAAGCAGCAUCUUCGACCCCUUUUCACUCGACCUUUGGGACCCAUUCAGAGACUUCCCCAUUUCAUCUUCUUCUGAUGUUUCAAGAGAAACUUCAACGUUGGUAAACGCCCGUGUGGAUUGGAAGGAAACGCCGGAAGCUCAUGUGUUCAAGGCCGAUCUUCCUGGGAUCAAGAAAGAAGAAGUGAAGGUGGAGGUAGAAGACGGAAACAUCUUACAAAUCACCGGUGAGAGGAAUGUGGAGAAAGAAGAUAAGAAUGAUAAAUGGCAUCGGGUUGAACGAAGCAGCGGCAAAUUCACAAGGAGGUUCAGGUUGCCUGAGAAUGCUAAGAUGGAUCAUGUGAAGGCGGCCAUGGAAAACGGGGUGCUUACAAUUACGGUGCCCAAAGAAGAAGUGAAGAAGCCAGAUGUCAAGUCUAUUGAAAUCUCUGGUUAGAGAAUUGUAUGAAUUUAGGUUGUAUAUGUUGUGUAUAUGUGUUGUUUGAAGUGCCUGUGUAAUAUCCUUUGUGUUUGGUCAGCCCACAAGGUGUUCGACCAAAUGCAUAACAAAAAUGUGUGUGUUUUUGCUUGCUUCUAGAUUUUCUUGUUUGUGUUUUGGUACUUGCUUUGAUAAUGAAAAUAUAAUAUAAUGCUUGUGAGUAUUGAGCUUCCAA